UUGCAACUGCCCUCUGUUUAUAUCUAGCUAAAAUCUUAGAAAAACAAAACUAGGGUUUAUAUACAUUAAUUUGCCAAACAUAACCCCUAGUUUAAUUAUAUGUAAUGAAAUCAAUCUCAUCAUCAUUUUCACAAAACAUUUCUUUAAAUCCCAAAACCACCCCAUUAUCUUUACAAUUUCACUUUUCUUCAACAAACCCAUCAAUCCUUUCAUUUCCUUAUUCCUAUAAACCAACUUUUUGUGCCUUAAAAACAAGUAGUGAUAAUGGUGGCAGUAACCCUCAGCAGGGUGGUGGUGGAGGUUUCUCAGCUGCUGAAUUGUUGAGAAAACCAAUUUUGGGUGUUAAAGAAAAAAGAAGUGAAAAUGAAAAUGAAGAAGGAAGAUGGGUGGAUUAUGAAGAUCAGAUUUUGGAAGAUACUGUUCCUUUAGUUGGUUUUGUUAGGAUGAUUCUUCAUUCUGGCAAGUACGAGAGUGGAGAAAGAUUAAGUUUGGACCAUCAGAGUAUGAUUCUACAGAGGCUGUUGGCACAUCAUCCAGAGUGUGAGAAGAAAAUUGGAUGUGGAAUUGAUUACAUCACGGUAGAUCACCAUCCAGAUUUUGAUGGCUCGAGAUGUCUAUUUAUUGUCCGUAAGAAUGGAGAAAGGGUGGACUUUUCGUAUUGGAAAUGCAUAAAGGGAUUGAUCAGGAAAAAAUAUCCUUUGCAUGCAGACACUUUUAUCCUUCAGCAUUUUAGAAGGCGCAGAUUUGAUGGCUGAACUGCUGAAGGUAUGAUGUUUCAAAUUGUACUUAUUCUGUAAAAGUUUUCCCUGUAAGGCAUAUAAUGCCAUAUCCCUUUCCUAAGUAUGUAAGAACAUCGAGUUCUAUUGUUAUAUUGGCUAGCAUCUGUAUUACUGAUACUUCUGCUGCA